GUGCUGCUCUCUGAUUGGAUGAAAGCACACACGCGCUCACUUUCCGUUUCAUUUUCUACAUAAGAACAAGCCGCACAGUUUGGAUUUCUGAGGAUACUGAAAGCGGGAUCGCAGCAUGGCCAUGUGACUACUGUGUCGGCUGUGCAUCAACAAAACACGUCCGAGAGCAUACUGGUGGAAGGAAAAACAUCGACUAAUACAAGUUAUGGACGCUCGAGACUUUGUGGCAAACAAAGAUGUCGCGAUUGCGAUUUUACAGAAGAAGAUCCAGUCUGCAAAAACCCCUGAGGAAAAAGAACGAUUUGAGAAGCAAAAGUUUGAGCUUCUGCAGGGAAAAGAGCUGGUCAUAAAAUCGAUGAAACAGAUAGUGACAAAGUGCACAGAUUCCGCUGAAGAUGCUGACCAGGUUUUGCACGGAAGAAGCAAGUCCUACGCAAGACCGGAAUAUAAGGAAGUUGCCGAGUACUACAAAGAAAAGUGUUUUAACUGGCAUGAGACAAAGUAUCAGUCUGCUAUGGAUCAUCUGUACCUCUUCGCUAACCUGCUGGAGAAGAACGUUACAGUGGAACGGAUUAAGAAUGCAAUUGAUGAAGUGGGUGCUGCCAUGAAAACCGAGAUGGAAAAGGAGAUGGAACAGUAACAGGAAAAAAAGAACAGGAAAAAAUUAUUGAAAUUGAAAGCAAAAAGAAGAAGAACACAGAAGACAGCCAUGCCAAGAAUGAAUUAGAGUAGAAGCUUCUCUAAGGAGAAAUAUGUUUUCCAGACUGCUAUUUCAGUAUUAAUAACUACAUUAGUAUAGAUAUUUUCAUCACUACACGUAAACCGAGUGGGCUGUCAUGAUUAUUUUACUUACCGCUGCUUUUGCUUGAAAGUGCGCAUGAUCCGUGCCGCUCAAUCUAGAGAACAGCAAUUGAGACCCUCAGCUAAUCAUGCAGCCAUUUGCUACAUGCUAAUCCUAAUGAUACUUAACCUUACGCUUCAAAGUGCAGGCCUGGCUAAAGGAAGACAAAAGCUAGUUUAAAAAAAACUUAAUCCUGAGAUAUUCUGUAGUCUUCAAUUAGACAUUUGCAUUUUUAACUGCAUUUGUAUUUACUGAGGUCAAGCAACCACACCUUUUUUUUUUUUCUUUUUUUUUAAUGACUCACUGUCAUGUGUUGGUUUUCUUGUUUCACAAUAUCUUGAAUUUAACAGUUUGGAACAUUACAUAGUAUAUGGCUGCAUUUAAAGUAAUAGUGGAUCUGAUCCAGAGGAAAGACUGGAGAAGUGUGAAAGUUUUAAAUGGUCAAUGUGUAGAAAUCCUCAAAAACAAAUCAUAAUAAAGAAAGCCUUGUUUCACUUUAA